AUGUCGCUUUUAGUCAGCUUAAAUCGCGCUUCCGUAAAAGUGGAAGAGGCUUGCAAGUAUCUCCUAAAAAUGUUAAUUGAGAACGUUGAAGCUCCUUCAGCUUGGAUUCAAGACGCAGCAGAAGAUGCAACAAGACAUCAACCCAAUCAUACAACAAGAUUAGGAGAAAAUGAUUCAACAGCGAUCGCAAUGAGUUUCCAAAAUGAUGCACCCGCUGCUGAUGCCGAGCUACCUAAUGGCAACAUUAAUGGCGAGCUCGUCAAUGUAAUUACUGGCGUACACACCGGUUCAGCCGACAUUGGUUCUGGCUCUGGCGACAUUGGUUCUGGUGAUCCUAUAGCCAUAGAUGACUGGAACGAAACAGCAGAAAACGACGAUAUCGAAUGUGACGACGAAGAUGGCGAUGAUGACAAAGAUGCCGAAGAAAAUGACAACGACGAUGAUGAUGAUGUUAUGUGCAGUUUUGACGACGCUGGCGCAAGUAGCAUCACAUUUGAAUGUCAACAACGGCAAGAACAAAGCAGAAAUGAUGAAAGCAAACGUGUUGCAAGAAAUAUGACGGACAGAAACGACGAUAAACCUACAGUGUACAAAAGAGGGGAAGAAACAGAAAAAACACAAAUGUCUCGUUCUUCAAUGAACUUUCGUGACAUAGAAGACUCUAUUCGUUGGUUUGAUGGAAGUGAUAAAAUCGAUGUCGAAGUGUGGUUAGGCGAAUUCGAAGAAACUUCUACUUUAAUGCGGUGGGACGAAUUCUAA